GUGGAAAACUAGCUGAGAUUCAAGGCUUGGAGAGUGUAGAAAACAAACCAGUCAUUCGCAUGGAAAACUGUAACAAUUUGUCAAACAAUUUUAAGGAGAUUCUUCUUCAGGUUUUGUCCAAGGGAAAGCUUCCUGACGUUGUUCUCCCGGGUAGCGAUGUACCGCAUUGGUUUAUGCAAUAUCAAAGAGAUAGAUCUUCCUCAACAUUUCGUAUACCACCCAUUUCAGAUGGUUUAAUUCCAGGACUAAUUGUAUGGACUGUCUAUGCAGCCAUUGAAGAAGGCAGAUGGACGAGGUGUUCUCUUUGUUCUGCUUCUAUCAGGAAAAAGAAAGAUGAUAAUGAAUUGUUUUAUAAACGACCGGACAUUUCUUCAAGGCACGAAGUCGAAGAUGGAGAUCGUUCUUGGAUGAUCUAUACCCUAUUUAGCAUGAUUCAAGGUGCAAUAGAAGGUGGAGAUCAUUCUUGGGUGAUCUAUAUCCUAUUUAGCAGGAUUCAAGGUGCAAUAGAAGGGGAAACGAAUUGGAAGUGUCUGUCAAGCCCGGCGAUAAUGCUAUUGUAAAGAAGUGUACUAUUGUAAGCAAGUUAUAAUUUUUAUUGUAUAACUUUAUUAAGGAAUUAGUUGGAUUAUAUAUUAGUUGUAUUAUAACUUUCAAUAUGAAUUUCAGAGAUUCAGAUUCAGAUC